UCGGGAGGUUGCCGUGGCGUUUCGCGUGUUCCCCGCGGCGACGUCGUCGCCCUCGGCUUAAAACCACCGCGGCGCUGCUUCCGAGUCUUCCGGACGUCGGACUCGCCUCCAACGAUGAAAACGCGCGACCCGUCGCCGUCGGUCCACGUCCACGUCCCGGAGACGACAGCUGUGCACGUACACCGGAGGAGCCCCAAGAGCCUGCAGAUGAGAGAACCACAUGUGACGGAGGCCAGAGAGAGUCAUCGCUCCCCCGACAGGUUGAAGGCUCGAAGCCCGUGGAUCCCUCCAGGAAAAGUGUCGUCCCGGCGAAAUGUGGGCGCAUACAAGUGGCAGGAAGGCGGGGAGCGGUACGGCUGUUGUGAGAAGCGUGGGAGGAAGCUCGAUCGACUGAUGAUGGAGGUAGACUCCCCAACCACCGAGUCCACCAUGAGGACGAAGGAACGGCGCCACCAGCAGGGUGCAGAGGAGCAGAAGGUGGAGGUGGUGGUCAUAUCGGAAAACCCGAACGACAGGGAGCAAGAAAACGACCGUCGUCUCCCGCCGAGGGCGGCUUCUGGGGACCGAACCAGGAAGACGGACGUCCUCCUCCGGGCGCUGGUCGAGACGGAGCUUGACGGCAUGGCGAUCUCCAAUCAGCUGGCAGCCUUCACACAAACCAUCGACUGCCUCACCAAGGAGAAACGCUUAUCCAAGAGGGACACAGCCUCUCUCGGGAGGCAGCAGGAGUCGGUGUUGGAGAGGAUCGAGUUGUUCGACGCCUCGAACCGCAACCUGCGGGAACUCCUCAGAGAGUGGCAGCAACAUGAGAAGGAAUCGCUGGUGGCGUCGGGACAGGACGAGUGGCUGAGGAAGAGACUGGUGGACGCGGAGGCGGAGAACAUUCAACUUACGGCCAAACUCACCAACAAAGAGAAAGAAGCGAGCAAGCUUGCCGAGGAUUUGGAUUUUGAAAAGGACAAUGUGAAGACGACCGAAGAGCUUUCCAGAAUCCUUGAAUCAACCCGUGAAUAUCUCCAAUCUCAACUGCUCAAAAAAGAGGUUGAAAACGGGAAUCUAGCCACCCAAAUUCAGAGGAUGCAGGAGAAGCACGAGCGCCAGCGGGAGGCGCUGAAGGCCCUGCAAGAGGAGGUGCUGAUGCAGAGGAAGGAGAGACAGGACCUGGGUACUGUGACGCUGCUGACCCAGCAGGCCGACCGAGCCGAGGAGUCUGUCCGGCAGCUCUCCGCUCAGCUCCAGGAGAAGGAGUCCCAGCUGGCCCAGGCUCUGUCCACCUCCAGCGACUGGUGCAGCCGACAUUCUCAAGAGGUGUCGGCGAAAGAGAGACUUGAAGAGGAGGUCGCUGCUGUCAGAAGGCGACUGAUGGAGACGAACACCCAGCUGCAGACCUCAGGAGAGAGGCUCCGGGUGGAGAGGGAGGAGCUGAAGGACCAACUUCACCUUCUCAAUGCCGAGAACGCCUCCACCAAGCUGGACAACCAGAGACUCAAGGCUUCCUUGACGUCCUCUGAGGAGAUGCUGAAGGAGCUCCAGACUGAAGCUCUUCAGUUCAAAACGUCCAUCAGGAAGCAGAAAAGCAUGGUGGAGAUGUACAAGAUGAAGGCCGAGCAAGCUCGGCUGGAGUCGGAAGAGUACUCCGUGAAGCUGAGCACUACGCAAAGGGAGGCCCGGGAGUUGAAGGGGAGCCUGGAGAGGGAGCUGGACCAGGUCAGGAGGGAGCUACUGUGCCGACUCAGGGAACUGGAGCCGCUGCCCGAGAAACUGAGGCGGACCGAGCGUCAGCUCCGAGAAGCCCAGGGCGAAGCCGAUGCUCAGGGAAGGAGGAGCACCGAGCAGAGCGCUGCCCUGUCGGACGUCAGACACAAGGUGGAACAGCAAGGCGAUCAGCUGGAGAAGAUUCAGCAGCAGAAUUUGCUUAAACAGGAAGAGAAUAAUGUCCUCAGAGAGAAAAUCCAGACGUUAGAGAGGAAACUGGAGGAGGUGACGUUGGAGAACGAAGACAGGGCACAGGUGCUCAGUGUGAAGGAGGCCACCAUCCGUAGCUUCCAGCUGCAGCUGGAAGAGCGUUCCAGUGAGUGCAGCGUUCUGUCCAGACAGCUGGAUCUCACACUGGAGGAGUCCAGGAGACAGGUGGACGAGAGCAUGCAGCGAGCAUUGUGUAAAGAGAAGGCUUCCCAGUCAAAAGCUCUGGAUCUGGAGAGCCAGCUGAGCAUGGCCAAAGCCCAACUGGCACAGUUACACCGGAGCAAAGAGGAGAUGGAGCGCCGUUUGCAGAAUCAGCUGAAGAGCACGAAGGACAGACUGGAGCAGUCCGACUCCACCAACCGCAGCCUGCAGAACUAUGUCCAGUUCCUCAAAGCUUCCUACGGGAAUGUGUUUGGCGACUCGUUUCCUGCAAGCUAACAGACAAAAUGCAUCUGUCGACCCGACGGGGCAUCUAAUCCUCACAAAGCAUGGUGUCAGGGACCUACAAAAGACUCAGUCUGUGAUUUACCUUCGACUUUAUCAUGCUGCAGUAGUUUUUCUUUGGGGGGGGGGAUUCCCCCCCCUUUUCUCCCCAAUUGUACCCAGCCAAUUACCCCGCUCUUCCGAGCCAUCCCGGUUGAUGUCGUUCCGGGAAGGGCUGCAGACUACCACAUGCCUCCUCCGAUGCAUGUGGCGUUGGCAGCCGCUUCUUUUCACCUGACAGUGAGGAGUUUCACCAGGGGGACGUAGCGCAUGGGAGGAUCACACUAUUCUCCCCAGUUCCCCCUCCCCUCUGAACAGGCGCCCCGACCAAACAGAGGAGGCGCUAGUGCAACGACCAGGACACAUACCCACUUCCGGCUUCCCACCCGCAGACAGUUGUGUCUGUAAGGACGCCCAACCAAGCUGGAGGUAACACAGGGAUUCGAACCAGUGAUCCCCGUGUUGGUAGGCAACGGAAUAGACCGCUACACUACCCGGACGCCCAUGCUGCAGUAGUUUUGAAGCAAGCCUCAGAGCCAAUUUAAACAUGAGAUUUUUUAAAAAAAAUUUAAACAUUUUUGUAAUAAACAGGUUAGCCAGUGUGACAGACAUGUUCCUGUACAUUCCUUGUGCACAGGGAUUUAAGUUGUUAUGAUCAUGUUCUUGAAAAUUAUCUUAUAAAAGUUAUCUUUAACAUUUGUGUGUGUUUUGAUCGAGCAUAACAUACACAAGCCCUUAACUUUUAAAUUAGUUCAUUUAUAAUUCAGUAAAACUUGUUUGUAAUUUAAAUUAAACUUGUC